AUUUCCUUCCCAUCUUCCUCUACGUACUCUCUUCUUUAAAUAUUUAUAAAUAUAUACAUAUAUAACACUACUCUCUCUGCAACUCUCUCUCUCUCUAGAGCAUGCUUAGUUAUAGGAUCUCAUUAAUACCAACACCAACCCAAGAACCAAAAUCAAAACCAACUUUCAAUCAAAAUCUCCCAAAACCCUAAUCCAAAAUAAUAUAUUAUUUCUUGGAUUUUUCCAGUCCAAAACAUGGGCAAGAAAAUGAAGCUCCCAACUUUUCUGUUCAAGUCCAGUAGUAGUAAUAGUAGUACUAGCAGUGGCACUAACAGAGGAAUCGAUACUCAACAAAGCAACAAACAUAACGGCAACACGUGGCGCCAGUGGCCGUCUUGCAACCACCCCAAGACCAUUUCCUUCCGCCUUUCCGACGACAUAUACCGCACCGUCAACUCCGUCUUCUUUGACUCAAACGACGUCGCUUCCACCGCCGCUGCAGCCGUCGUCGAGACCCCCGAGUCAUGGUUCACCAACUCCUCAGAGUCCGCCAGCUUCUCUACCGAGUCGGAGGAGUACUUCGCUGGCGAGUCGUUAGAGACCGUCGUCCGGGCUGCCCGUUCGGAGCGGCUUUUCUUUGAGCCCGGAACUUCCGACACCAGCUCAAUUCUCGAGAAGACUAACUCCGAUGUUGGCUCUGGUGCUUCCGGCUGCGGUGGUUCUGGUUCCGGCGAUGUGCUCCCGUACAAGGAGAGCGUGGUGAUGGCUAUGGAGUCCGACGAUCCUUACGGGGAUUUCCGGCGGUCUAUGGAGGAGAUGGUGGAGAUCCACGGAGUUAAAGAUUGGGAGUGUUUGGAAGAGCUUUUGGGAUGGUAUUUGAGGGUGAAUGGAAAAAACAAUCAUGGGUUUAUAGUCGGAGCUUUUGUUGAUUUGCUCGUUGAUAUCUCUACCCGAGGUGGCGGCGGCGACGGUGAUUCUGGUGGCUGUAAAGAUUCUCAUACUACGACGACGAUGACGACGGCAGCGGCGACAUCUUUCUCUUCGGCGGUUUCUUGUUUUUCAGUCAAUUCGAAUUCAAAUUCUUCUUCUUCGAUAAUGUGUUGUUCUGAUCAUAUUAGAGGUGAGAUUGUUAAUGAGAUUGAUGAGGAAGAAAUGAAGUUAUCGCUCUAAAAAUUGACAUUAAUUCGCUAAUUAACUAGAUCAUUAUUAUUUUUGCUUCUUUUUUUUUUUUUGUAAAUUAGUAGGCUUAAUUAUUUGUAUAAUAACUACAAUUGAUUCAUUAUGUAACUGAAACUAAUUAAUUACAUAAUAUUAUAAUGGUAUGUACUCUCUC